AUCAUUAAUCUCUGUAAUCAUUAUUAAUAAUAAUGGAGAGAGAAUGGAAUAAUGUUAAAGCUAUUAACUUUGGCUGACCGACAAUUUCAUAUCGGUUUUCAAUUUCCAUAUUUAACACAACAAUCACCAUUUACCCUUUUUAAUUUAUAAUUUUAUUAUAUUAAAUCAGUAUUUGAUUAUUAUUGGAAGUCGUCUCGCCAUAUCCAUCCCUCUGUCUGCUCUCAUCCUCUCCAUCUUUGUCAGUGUUACUCAGUGCAUGAAAAUGCAGGAUCCAAGGAUGUUAACAUCAGGAGAAAUCACAAAUUCCAAGCCACGCAAAAAGAAAGUGUCAACCUCCAGAGCUGCCUUGAUCCCAUUACAAGGUAAUGAUGUUAGAGAGUUUCACCUGGUACAGGCGCCUCUAAGAACAAACCAGAAGGCCUCCAAAAGGAACUUGAAGAAUGAAGGCUCUCCAAUGAUCCAGCAACAAGAGAGGUCAAACUCAGAUUCAUUGCCCGACUCCUCGACAUCAGGAAAUGAAUACCGUGCACUCAGAAGGAAGUACUUGCUGUUGGAGGAAGAAAGCUUCGGCUUAGGGAGAGAGUUGAAGGUGGUCGAAGAUGAGGUUAAGACUCUGGAAGAUGAGAAGCUUGCACUGUUAGACAAGCUUGUUGUGUUAGAAGGCCUAAUUGAUCCUUCAGAAGUGCAUCCCAAUGGAACGCAAUCAUAAUUCUUAAUAUAUAUCCGUGCCUCGUUCUCGGUGAACUUCGGUUGGUCUACUUGUAUAUUGAAUCAACGCAUUGCAUUACUUCACUAAUGCUGAAAUAUGCAACUGAUAGGUAGAGCUAAAAGUAUGAAAAGCUCUUAGUAGAUAAGCUCCUAGACAUGUGUCAUUAGCUCCCAAUCUGCUUUUUGUAAUGAUAAAAGAGUCUGGAAUUCUUUUUAACUAUCUUAUCUCAUAGUCAAUAUCAAGAUUUGAUCUUACAUAAUGUAAUAUUACAGAUAUUCAUUAGCGAGGUUUGCAAGUUUCUUUGGUUCCCCCAUGGGGGUUCUUAGCUCCUCUUGA